AUGACUGUCAUCAUUGCUCACGGUCCGGCCCCGGCCUCCCCGCCCCUUGGCCCGCCCACCAGCCGUCGGAGGCGGAGCCGGGCGGCGGGACGGGGCGGCCGGGGUGCUGAGGGGACCAGGACGACCGGCUGUUCCCCUCAGCACACCCGCUCCCUCCCUCCGGCUGGGUGUCGGCCCAUGCCGCCGAGGGACACCAACGGUCGGGACCCCGGAGGCUGCCGGGAAAAGGAGGCCCCCGCUGAGGCCGGUUCUGCUCGGGCCCCGGAGGCUGCCGGGAAAAGGAGGCCCUCGCUGAGGCCGGUCCUGCUCGGGGCCCGGAGGCUGCCGGGAAGAAGCUGGUUCUGCUCGGGCCCCGGAGGCUGCCGGGAAAAGGAGGCCCUCGCUGAGGCCGGUGCUGUUCGGGCCCGGAGGCUGCCGGGAAAAGGAGCCCCCCCCCCCCGAGGCCGGUUCUGCUCGGGGCCCAGAGGCUGCCGGGAAGAGGCCAAGUCCUGCUCAGGGCCCGGAGGCUGCCGGGAAAAGGAGGCCCUCGGUGAGGCCGGUGCUGUUCGGGCCCGGAGGCUGCCGGGACAAGGAGGCCCCCCCCUGAGGCCGGUUCUGCUCGGGGCCCAGAGGCUGCUGGGAAGAGGCCAAGUCCUGCCCAGGGCCCGGAGGCUGCCGGGAAAAGGAGGCCCCACCUGAGGCCGGUUCUGCUCG